UAUAUAACAACUUUAGAUUGUGAUGAAGAAAUUAACGUAGACGACCCUGGUAUAAACAAACAAUCACAAGCAUUAGAAAUCAUCCCCAUUAAUGCAUCUACACUACCCUCUUUAAAUGAACAAAAAGAAGCUCGUACAGUAUUUAAAAUUGUUAUUAGCUCUAUUCGUUACUUAGCUCGUAGUGGUCAAGCUAUUCGUGGUGGUACAUGGGACUCUGGAAACUUAAUUUAUUUAUUACAAGAGCGUUCACUUGAAAAUCCUGCACUAAAAAUUUGGCUUGAAAAACGAAACAAUUGGUUAAGUGGGGAUAUUCAAAACGAGUUACUUGAAACUAUGGCGCAUUUUGUUUUACGGAAGAUUAAAAAUUCAGUUCUAAAAAGUCCAUUUAUGGCCAUAAUGGCUGAUGGCACUACAGAUAUUUCUGGUCAAGAACAGUUUAGCAUUUGUUUUCGUUUCUUAAAUACAAUUUCUUUAAAUAUAAACGAAAUUUUUGUGGGUAUGUAUAAUCCUCCAAGUGGAAAUGCUGAAACAUUAUUUUCUUGCAUCACUGAUUUAUUGACACGUAUAUGUCUUAGUUUUGAAAAUGUUAGAGGACUUUGUUUUGACGGAGCGGCAACUAUGUCUGGUCAUAGAAGUGGAGUACAAAAGCGAAUUUCUGAUGUACAACCUAAAUCUAUAUUUAUUCAUUGUUCAAAUCAUUCAUUGGACUUAGCAUUGAGUGAUACUAUUAAAACUGUAGAUUUUGCUAAUGAUGCUCUAAAUUUAAUCAGAUUUGUAAGCAAUACAAUCUUAGAUUCAUCAAAACGCAAAAACAUAUUUUCUGGUAUUGUUCUUUCGACUUACUUAGAUGAAGAAAAUGACUAUAAAACUGAAAAUAUACCAGGCAUUAUUCCUUUUUGUCCUACAAGAUGGACAGUCCGAGUAAAAGCAGUUAAUAGAUUUAUAGAAAAUUAUGAAAGAGUUCUUUUAACAGUACAAGAAAUUUUAAAAGAUUCAAAUUCAAUUAGUAAAGAUAGACGUGCAGCUCUCCGCGGAUAUGAGACGAAACUUUGGAAGUUUGAAACUGUUUUUGCUCUGGAAUCUUUGUCUUUAAUUUUAGGUCCAU